UACAAAUAUAUCAUGGGCCUGCGUGAAUUUAUAAAGGAUUAUUUUCUUGGUUUCUGGGACUAUGAGACACCAAAGGUGAUGGUGGUUAAAAACAUAACUCUUGGAGUUAUAUACAGAACCGUCCAGUUUCUUGUGAUCACCUAUUUCAUCUGGUAUGUCUUCAUAAGUCAGAAAGCCUACCAAGAGAGUGAAACUCGUCCAGAGAGCUCAGUUUACACACUCAUGAAAGGCUCAGCAGUCCAUGGAGACGAUGUCUUGGACACUGUGGAGUAUGCUCGACCCUCAGAGGGUGGUGAUGUGAUCAGCACAAUACUAAGACGAGAAGUUACAUAUGACCAGAAGCAAUCAACCUGUGCAGAGUCUUUCCAAGUUGCCAACGCCAAUUGUACAACAGACUCUGACUGCGUCCCUGGAGAGGUUGACUUUGAUGGCCAUGGAAGAAGGACCGGCAGAUGUGUUCAGUACUACAACCACACCUUCAAAACCUGUGAGAUCCAAAGCUGGUGUCCCAUUGAGGAGUAUGCUGUAGUGCGAGAACCACCAUUAACAGAGGCCAUUAACUUCACAGUGUUCAUCAGGAACUCUAUCCACUUCCCCAGAUUUAAAGUGCUGAGGGGGAACAUAAAAGAUGCUUCAAACAAACGCAACAUGCACAGAUAUCUCAAUAAAUGUCACUAUGAUGAAGAGAAGGAGCCCUACUGUCCAAACUUUCGCCUGGGCUACAUUGCAAAUCAGGCGAGGGAGAAUUUCAGUGAGCUCUGCAGGACUGGAGGAGUGAUAGGAGUUUUCAUUAACUGGAAGUGUAACCUGGAUUUAGAUCCUUCUCAUUGUAAGCCCACUUAUUCUUUCCGUCGUCUUGAUCUUCGAAAGGAUCAGGCCAGCUCUGGUUACUAUUACAGGUUUGCCAAAUAUUAUGAUAAGGACGGGGUAGAGUCUCGGACACUAAUCAAGGCCUAUGGCAUGCGGCUGGAUGUCAUAGUUCAUGGACAUGCUGGUAAAUUCAGUCCCAUCCCGACUAUCAUCAGCACAGUGACCGCUAUGACUUCAGUUGGGAUUUGCACCAUCAUCUGUGAUUGGAUCAUGCUGACGUUUAUUGACAAAAACGAGGUUUACAGUGAGAGAAAGUUUGAUGAGAUUGUCAAGGAGCCCACAGUUUCCAUUCCUACAGAGCUCAGCUACAUCAAUAGCUACGGCUCAAACCAUUCAGACCUGUCAGAGGGUGUACCGCUUUAAUGUGAUCAGCACGUCCCCAGUCCCUGCUGGCCCACAUUUGGACUCUCCUCAAUCAGCUGACUGUUGCGACAACUCUAAGAG